GCUGGCCAAUUUAUUCGUCGUUUGGGACACGGAUCCAAUUAAGGUAGAAUGGCCAGGGGCUGUGGAUCGGAACAUGCCGAGUGAUGCAAUGGCCAACGCCGGGAGGUAGUUAUGCGGCUCUGCGCGGAGUGGUGGUGAGGAAGCUCCAGCCGAACCAGACGGGUGCAGGCAUAGCAAACCACCCCGCUACACACCGGUAUCAGAGCUUCAUCAACCAAAACCCCCACCAUCACCUCACAAAAUGCAUCUCACAAUCAUCAGGACGUCUCCAGACGUGGAGUCGUACACCGCGCUGUCGACCUUCCAGUCCGAGACUCCAGCUUCGUUCUCGACGCCCGUUCUCCACCAUCUCCAAGCCGACUGCAAGGUCCUCGUAUCCAACGACCAGGCCUCGCUGAUCCCGAUAUUCGGUGCGAAAACCGCUGGCGACGAUGUUGGCGAGCUUUCCGUGGAGGGGAUUGACCUCUGGGUGACCAACGAGAACCUAAUCCUCUUCAACAAGCCCCUCUCCGUCGGCGCAGUGAUCCCCUACCUCUCGCUCACGCUGCACGCGAUCCAGCGCGUUCACUCCGACACCGGACUGUACAUGCAGAUCUCUCUGACGCCGGACAUCUCGCACACGUCCAACAGCGACGAGCACGACGACGACGAGCUGCUCGAGCUGACGCUGAUCCCGCGGGCGUCCGGCAACGGCGACGGCGACAUCUCACAGAAGGACAUUGCGGACACGAUCUUCAAGGAGCUGAGUGUGUGCACGAGCCUGCACUCGGCGGCGUCGACCUCCGACGACGGCGACGACGAGGACCGCAUCAUCUUCGAGGGUGAGGGUGACGGCGAUGAGCCCAGGCUGGAGGGAUUCCCUGGAGAGGGAGGCUGGAUCACCGCGGAGAAUGUCGACCAGUUCAGGUUCGAGGAUGCUGAUGAGUUGACUACCAUUCUUGGCCCCGGCGCGGGGAGUAUACGGCGGAGGGAGGAGGGCGAGGAUGUCGAUGAUGCCGUCACGGACGAUGCGAAAGCCGUGGAUGAGGCGAAGUGGCGGCGGACCGAAUAAGGCAGGCGUGCACGAGUUGGAUUCGGAACUGAGCCUUCAAAUCUGCGAGGGGAGAAACGCAAUAAUGUUCGACUAGGAGCAUAAUGUAUAUUACUUGGUA